AUGAGUCGAGCGCAUCGGGAUACACCAGUCGGAGAUGACGAGGAGGAUGAAGAUGAUGUGCCCCUCCACCGCAGGCGGCCAUUUGGCAGCGGCAUCCGCAUGGAGCCCGUCAAGUUCGUUCCCGCAUCAUCGUCUCUGCAGUCUGUCGCACCAGAACCCUCCUUGGCAUCGACCCAGGCUGGUCAGUCCGCCGCGGAUGCAUAUCUCAGCAUCGUCAUGGCGAAAGCCAAGGCAAAGCCCCCGCCCGAGACAAAAGACGGGGACGCAACCGAUGGUCCGCCGCAAAUAUUCUGCGAGACAUGCAGGGUCUCGGUAGGCACCACAGAGCAAGACCAUCGACGGCACCAGACGACGAUGGCGCACCAGCUCAGCCUCCAGCACUCACAUCCACCCUCCGCCCUGGAUAGAUCUCGUAUGGGUCUGACCUACCUCAGGUCUUACGGAUGGGACCCGGAUGCGCGCAAAGGCUUAGGCGCCGAUGCCCAGGGCAUCGUUUAUCCUCUCAAGGGGACUAUCCGAGAAGACAACGCAGGUCUGGGAAUCGAUACGAAGUCUGAAGACGGUAAGAAGGAAAAGAAACCCGAGCCGAAGCCGAGGUUGCUUGAUGCCGGCAAGGUUCGCAAAAAGGCCGAGGAGGACCGGAAGAAGACCGAGCGCCUGCGCCAGCAACUCUAUAGCAACGUCGACUUGGAGAAGUACCUCGGCCCUGGAGCGUGA